AUGUUAGAAACCAUAUCAGUUAUGGAUUGCGACGUGGACUACUUUGAAAGUGCAUGCCAGUACCAGGGACCAGAAUACGCGCAGAAUCCACCUGCCUGUAUCUAUGCCAGGAAUCCGCAGCCGCCUCUCCUCAGGUCAUGCUUCGGCGAUUUAAACGAGCAUAAUGUGACGGAUUUCACCCACUACGAGGGUCUUCCAGAUCUGAACUCUGGCCACUUUCCUCAAGUGAAUUUUUUCAAUACUGAGUACGGGGAUAACCAUGAGCUUCAGGGGCGUUACCCGUUCCCUUGGAUGAAGAGAACAAAAUCGCAUGCCUAUGCUUGGAGAGAUCAGUGGGCAGGAAACAAUCAUCCGAUGGACGCGGAUGAAAGCAAAAGGACCCGAACGGCCUACAGCAGAAGUCAGCUACUGGAACUAGAGAAGGAGUUCCAUUUCAACAAGUACAUCUCCAGGCCUCGGCGCAUUGAACUCGCAGCGAUGUUGAAUCUCACCGAGAGACACAUCAAAAUCUGGUUCCAAAACAGAAGGAUGAAGUGGAAGAAGGAAGAAGCGAAAGGACAAGCCAGGACGACCACAAGCAAAGCAAAAGCCACACUACGGGAAAACUAUGCAGGAGAAGAGUCGGGAGGGAGUUACUCGGGAGCUUCCUUCAAAAAGACAUCAUAA